AUAAUUUUAUCUCUGCCCUAAAUCUCCAAAAAUCAAUCAGUCUCAGAAUUCGGAAUUCAGUAUUUGAUAUAAAUCCUUGCAUUGAUUGUGUCCAAUCACACUUUGCACAAGCUUCGUUAGAUCUUAACAAGAUUAAAACAAGCUGAUAUCAUGACUGAUAAGGAUCUACUUCAUCAAAAGUACUAUCACGGAUUGCUGCCGAGAGAGGACAUUCAGGAGAUGCUUAAUAAACCCGGUCAGUUCUUGCUCAGAACAUCGGAGCCUGUUAAAGGAGAAAAGAGGCAGUUCGUGUUGUCAGUUGUAGGUGAAAAGAAGACUUCUGCUAAUCACUUUGUUGUUCGUGAGAGUGAUCACAAAGUCUACGUUGAUAAGAUUGGCUUCCCAACAAUCAUCGAACUCGUCAAUCACUAUGUGUCGACCAAAGAGAGCUUCUCGACCAAGGAUGGAACUGUCAAGGCUGUGCUGAAGCAGGCUGUGGAGCGUCAGAAAUGGGAGCUGUACCAUGAGGAUGUGGAGUUGACGAAGAAGCUUGGAGAGGGAGCAUUUGGAGAAGUAUGGAAGGGGAAGCUCCUGAAGAUUCUGGAUGCAAAUCAUCAGCCUGUACUUGUCGCUGUGAAGACUGCAAAGCUGGAGAGUAUGACGAAGGAGCAGAUCAAGGAGAUUAUGCGGGAGGCUCGAUUGAUGAGAAAUCUUGAUCAUAUCAACGUCGUCAAAUUCUUCGGAGUAGCAGCUGGCACGGAACCUCUUUACGUGAUCAUGGAGUUGGCUGAUGGUGGAGCACUCGAUUCUGCCCUUGGGAAGCUCCAUUUCCCGAUGAUCAAGAAGUACGAGUUGAUCUACCAAGCUGCCAAUGGUCUCGCCUACAUCCACGAGAAGAACCUGAUGCACCGGGAUGUCGCUGCUCGUAACUGCCUUUAUGGUGGUGGACAGGUCAAGAUCGCUGAUUUCGGACUGUCCCGUGAAGGUGCGGACUACACGAUGGAUCUGAAAAAGAAGGUACCAAUCCGUUGGUUGCCUCCAGAGACCAUUCGUUCGGGUCUUUAUACUCCAAAGACUGACGUCUUCGCUUUUGGAGUGAUGGCAUGGGAAAUCACCGAGGAUGGGAAGGAGCCAUAUCCUGGAUUCAAGGUUAUUGAGGUGGCAAUGAAGGUUCUCCAAGGAUACCGUAUGCCGUUCAGCCCGGAGGUAAACAAGGAGUUUGCAGAAUUCAUCUUGACGAAAUGCUGGCCGGAAAAGUAUGAGGAUCGUCUCCCAAUGAAGGACAUUUGCAAGUGGAUGAAGUCGUUUGUCAAGGCUCAAGGAGGAGAUACUGGUCCAGGCGGAAUGAUGUCGAAGAUUGGCAAGAAAAUGAAACGGUCAAACUCGCGUGAGAAGAGCAAAAGCUCGACUAUGACUGCUGCACAUGGGCAAGAUCAAGGUGCAAUGACAGCCAUUGAGAAAUAGUGAACUUUCUACAUGUAUUAUGAAUAGUUUUGAGAAUAAAGUUUAUUGAGAAAA